AUCCAAAGAAAACCUCAACAUGGCAGACAAGGACAGUGUGGAGAAAUAUCUGGAGAACAAUGCACAGUUCGCCAAAGAGUAUUUCGAUAAGAAAGUGAGGGCUGAGGUGAUCGCGGCAGCUUUCGCCGAGAAUCUCGAGAUCAAAGACACGGCCUCGUUUAAAGAUGUCAGCCAAAUCCAGGAGGCCAACAUCAUCUUUGACAUGAUCAAAGAACUUCAUUCACAGCCUGUGAUGGAGAAAGCCAUGCACAAAGUGCUUCAGAGGAUUUGUUUGCUGGUGAAUGCUGAUCGCUGUAGUUACUUCAUUCUCAGAGCUAGAAACGGUAUUCCCGAACUCUCCACCUGCCUCUUCGACGUCACACCCACCUCAAAAUACGAUGCCAAUGUGGUGAACCCUCAGUCUGAAAUCGUGUUUCCUACCGAUAUUGGAAUAGUCGGGCAAAUAAUUACCAACAAAAAGUCCGUCAAUAUACCUGAUGUCAAACAGAAUCCAAAGUUUAGUGACUUUGUGGACAAGCAGACCGGCUACACGACGAAAAACAUGCUGGCCGCACCGCUGAUGCACAAUAAAGAUCCGCUCGGUGUUGUAAUGGCAAUAAACAAAGUUGGAGGAAAUGAAUUCAACAAAAUAGAUGAAGAUGUCUUCAGCAAGUACAUCACAUUUGCCACAGUGAUCGCGAUCCAGCAUUACACCGCAUACAUGUAUAACGUUGAGUCUAGGAGGAGUCAGGUUCUUCUGUGGUCCGCUAGCAAAGUGUUCGAAGAGUUGACGGAUAUCGAGCGUCAGUUUCACAAAGCCUUGUACACCGUCAGGAACUAUCUUCAAUGUGAGAGAUAUUCUGUGGCUCUUCUGGAUAUGACCAAAGAAAAGGAGUUUUAUGAUGAGUGGCCGAUUAAACUGGGAGAUGUGGAGCCAUACAAAGGUCCAAAGACACCUGAUGGACGAGAAGUCAAUUUCUACAAAAUUAUCGAUUAUCUUCUAGAAAGCAAAGAGGAGAUCAAAGUCAUACCGACUCCUCCUGUAGAUCAUUGGGCUCUUGUCAGCGGCCUUCCAACCUAUGUGGCUGAGAACGGCUUCAUUUGUAACAUGAUGAAUGUUGCCGCUGAUGAUUACUUCACAUUCCAGAAAGAAGCUGUGGACGAGUCUGGUUUUAUCAUCAGGAACGUCUUGUCUCUUCCUAUUGUCAACAAGAAAGAAGAAAUUGUGGGUAUCGCCACUUUCUUUAACCGAAAAGAUGGCAAACCCUUUGAUGAGCAAGAUGAACAAAUUACAGAGGCUCUUACGCAGUUCCUCGGCUGGUCGGUACUGAACUGUGACACCUAUGACAAACUGAAUCGUAUGGAGUGGAGGAAAGACAUCGCUCAGGAAAUGGUCAUGUAUCAGACCAAAGCCACACCAGCUGAAGUCCAGCAGAUCCUGAACACAAAGGAGAAGUUUGAUCAAAACCCAGAAGACUGUGAUCAGAAGGAAAUGUACAAACUCUUGAGAGCCACCAUACCCGUGGCCAAAGAUGUCGAUCUGCUAGAAUUUCAUUUUAGUGACUUCCCGUUGUCUGAAGUGGAUCUGAUCAAGUGUGGCAUACGCUGUUUCUUUGAACUUGGAGUGGUGGAGAAGUUUAAAAUACCAGCAGAGGUCCUGACCAGAUGGAUGUACACCGUACGGAAAGGCUACAGAGAUAUCACUUAUCAUAACUGGAGACACGGCUUUAACGUUGGUCAGACCAUGUUCUGUCUUCUCCAGACUGGAAAGUUGAGAAGAUAUUACUCGGACCUGGAUGCUUUCGCAAUGGUGGCAGCAGCAUUCUGUCAUGACAUCGACCACAGAGGAACCAACAAUCUCUACCAGACAAAGAGCGCAUCGCCUCUGGCCAAACUCCACGGCUCCUCCAUCUUGGAAAGACAUCAUCUUGAAUACAGCAAGACUCUUAUGGCAGAAGAGAACGUCAACAUUUUCCAAAACCUGCAGAAGCGUCAGUUCGAGACCGUACAGCAUUUACAUGACGUCUGUAUCAUUGCCACUGAUCUGGCUUUGUAUUUCAAGAAAAGAACCAUGUUUCAGAAGAUCGUUGAUGCCACCGAGCCCAUGGCCGAUGAGAAGGAGAUGAUAAACUAUGUGGCCAACAAUCCCAUCAGGAAAGAAAUCAUUAUGGCAAUGAUGAUGACUGGAUGUGAUCUGUCUGCUAUCACCAAACCAUGGGAGGUUCAGAGUAAAGUGGCUCUUAUGGUAGCAGCUGAAUUCUGGGAGCAGGGAGAUUUGGAGAGGACCGUACUGGAUCAACAGCCUAUUCCCAUGAUGGACAGAAACAAGUCAGAUGAACUUCCCAAGAUGCAAUGCGGUUUCAUUGACUUUGUGUGCUCGUUCGUGUACAAGGAAUUUGCAAGGUUUCACAAAGAGAUCACACCGAUGUUUGAUGGCCUGAACAACAACAGGGUCCACUGGAAAGAACUGGCUGAUGUUUACCAGGCUAAAGUAGACGCUUUGGAGAAUGAACGAAAGAGAUUAGAGGAGGAGGAGGCUAAGAAAGGAGGUGGAGAUGGGGAUGGAGGAAAAUCCAAAACCUGCACAAUAUUUUAAAGACGAUCUGCAGAGAAGCAGACAGACGUCCAGUCGGAGGAUGGCAAUAUGUUCAACCUUUCUUUUGCUCUUGUCCCAUUUCCUCGGACGGAUCUUUUUGACAUUCCCAGAAAUGGAGAACUGUAUGCGUCUCUUUCUGAACGGAUGUCGGUGUAAAGCACCAGCUAGAAUCUUCAGCACAUAGACAACGACACGAUCGCUCGCUCUUAACCUCAGUGGAGGAACAACACAACUUCACAUCCAUCUGCAGUGUGACUUAUACAUCCAUAACACUUCACUCUUUGGCUCUCAAGAUGUUUCAGUGUCAAGGCAGAAAGAAAGGUUUAGAUUUAGAGUUAUAAACAAGAGUAACUUUGAUGAAAUCCUUGAAGUGAAACUUGAAUUUGUUUUGUCUAGUGUUCAGGAAAGAUCUCACGCUACACGUCAACAUCUGAGAUCAACACACUUUAAUGUUAACUGAUGGUUGUGAUUAUGUAACGGACAUGAUACAGGACUUUUAAACAAUACAGCUAAGUCUGUAUCAGCAGACGCUGUAUUUGUUCAAAAUAUGAAGAUCAGAACUCUGAUGAUACCUACGCUUACGUUUUCAAACACAACAUACUAUUGAGAAACCUAUAACAUUGAGCUUACGUCAUUAUGUAGAUGAUCAAUUCAUAAUGUAGUAGAGAUUAGUAUUUGUUUGUACCAAGCGUUUAAAUUACUUCAUGAUGAAAAGAGCAGGACAGAAUAUUUAUGGGUCUACAUAAGAGGGAACGUUCAGCACUUCAACUUGUUUAAACCUAUAAAGGGAUUGUCAGGACUCGUGAGAUUCAGAUGUAAUCUUUAAAUACCACACACUUAUUUAAACACUGAAGACCACACUAAACCAGUUUAGAGGAAAAAUCACUUACUCCAGCUUUCUUCUUGUUUAUAAAUAAAACAUCCCAAAAGAAGAACGAUGAGAUGCAAAAGAGAAGAUUUGUUAAGAAAAGGAUUUUCAAUGAUCACAAACAUUAAAAAUAGCUUCUGCUGGUGUUUAGAAAUAGGCAUCU